UUGCUGCAGAGCUGGAGAGAGUGAACGCGAGGAAAAAGAGAGGCAGUGUGUGUGUGAGAGAGAGAGAAAGAGAGAAAGAGUGAGAGGAGGGGGUGGGCUGUCAAAAUAAGCCACAUGCAUAAGGAGGGAGCCAGAAGCACAGAGACACCGAGAGAGAGGCAAAGCUUGUGUGUCUGAGUGUGUGCACGUAUGCAUGUGUGAAAACACUGCGCAUGUGUAACUGCGAGUUGCACUCAGUGAAGCAGACGGAGGAGGAGAACGAGCGGUACUGAGAGGCAGCUGAGCCAAGAGGAGAGACAACAGCAGAGGAGAGAGGGAGAGAAGGAGAAGAGAGGCAUACCUGAGGACCAGAAGAAAGGAACGGGCAGAAAGGAAGAGAGAGAAAAGAGGGGGGAUUUACGUGCAGGUGCUGAAGUCCAGGUCACUGAACAGAAGAAACUGAAUAACUGGAGGGAAAUCAGGGGGAUGGAGAAAGAGAUAACAAGGGGAGAUGCUCUGCCGCCGUCUGGGCAGGAAGGAUCGGGAUUGGGAGAGUGAAGGACAAAGGUGCUGGAGAGGAAAGGAGGAGAGCAACAAGGGAUGCGGAGCCCAGCGAAGGCGGCCAGAGACGUGAUGCAUCCACCUCGCAACAGCUUCCUCCAUCUUACAUCUCCUCCAUCUUUCCCUCCCCUACACUGCUGCUCGGCGUUCACUCUUGUAUAAUAAAAGGGAGAAGAGAGAGCGCCGUCCGUCUCAGGAGCAGGAGGCACACACAGGACGGAGAGGCAGAGCAGCUCGGUUUAUCUUCACCGAGACAUCGCAGCGAAAAAGUGCGCAGGCAGACAGGUAGAUGAAAGACCAAAGGAAUCUUGAAACACGUAACAGGUCUGAGCCCGAAGAGGGGAGACGAGCACAGAGACAUUCUUCUGACUGUUAUCACCGUUUCUGCUCAGUCGGGAGGACUGUCUGAGAGAGAAAAAAAAAAAAAAAAAAAAAAGAAAACCUUCACCCUCACCACUGAGGAAUUUAAGAGCUUUGGACUUUGAAGGAACCAUUUCAACAACUUUCAUGAGCAUUAUAGGGCAACUCCCCGAAAAAAGGCCUCCUCCCUCUUUCUUAUCAGCAAGCUACUGAAAGGGUCACACAGGGUUACCUGACCGGACUGGACCGAGAGCAAAGAGAAAGACUGAAAGCUCACAUUUGACACACCCUCAGCCAAAAACAGGAAGUUAAGCUCGGCCCGUUUGAGCGGCAAAAAACAUGUAAGGUACUGGGUAUAACUCCAGCACAAUACCUCUUGGACCUUUCUGAAUCGCCUGUAAUCCACUCCUUCACUCUGUGAAUGCAGAAACCUGUACUGUAUGUGUAUAUGUGAGCAUCUGUGUGCAUAUGAGAUUAUUUAUCUGUGUUAUCAGUGAGUGACAACAUAUCCUUGUGCUGAAGUUGUCCUUGUGUGUGAGACUAUCUUUUAGCAAACCCAGAGCCAUCAGAGACAGCACAGGAACAUCAGCAGAAGUAACGACACAAACAAAAGUACCUUUAAAUAGUCAACACUGGUCAGACACUGUAAGCUGGACUUCAAACUUCUGUAUAUAUUUGCUGUGAUAGACUAAGAGAAGCAUAUCGUGGUGCUCUGGCUGAGCUCCUCUAUCUGUCUCCCCCUCAUAAAGACUCAGGUUGACAGAAGUGCACACCAAGGGGGGGAAUCUCUGAGGGAAACAUGGAGGCCACCAUCCGUCCCCAUGUCCCUUCUAAUGGCUGACUUCGGACAAGAAGGCUAACCUUUUUACUCUUGAGCAGAACCAGGCAGGGGUGUCCAGCACUGAUCGGAGCCGCAGACCCUCUCUCUCUUCCGCCUCCAACAACGUGCGAAUGUCCUGCCUCAGGCGUCAGCCCGUCACCAUCCCAAUGGACACCGUCAAGAUCAUCCAGUCGGAGAAGUUUCCCAGAGAGUGCCCCGUGCCCGUCACCCAGCCGCGCUACGCCCCGCCCCCCAGAGUGGCAUGGGACGGCGGAGGCGAGGGCGAGAUCAUCGUCAACCAGGCGUGCAGCGACCUGACGCUCGACGUGACGAUGUCCCCCAGGCCGAUGGUGUCGCCCCCGGCCCCCAUGAUGCGCAGGGAGCAGAGCUUCCUGGCGCAGCGCAAAACCAGUGCCAACGAAAUCUGCUACCACCAGUUCCAUUACAAGAUGGAAGACGUCAUAGUCAACCAGUACGUGCUGCGCUCCUCCUCCACCUCCUCCUCCACCUCCUCCUCCUCCUCGUCGGGGCCCGUCAUGCCCUGCGAGCCCCUCGACUGCCCCACCUGCGGCCACACGUACAACUUCGCCGGGAAGCGCCCGCGCAUCCUCUCCUGCCUGCACUCGGUGUGUGAGGAGUGCCUGCAGAUCCUCUACGAGUCCUGUCCCAAGUACAAGUUCAUCUCCUGCCCCACGUGCCGGCGCGAGACGGUGCUGUUCACUGACUAUGGCCUGGCUGCUCUGGCCAUCAACACCAGCAUCCUGAGCCGCCUGCCCUCCGACCCCAACGGGCCCGUGCAGUGGGGCGGGGACGCCGACCGCAGCUGCUACCAGACUGUGCGUCAAUACUGCCAGUCGGCCUGCACCUGCCAGAUCGCCAACCCCUUGUCAUCCUGUGGCAUCAUGUAGACAGGGGAGGGGUGGGGGGGUUGGGGGCAUUGCAGGCAUGACUCAACGCUGCUGCCCCCGACCACCACCGCCGCCACCGCCACUCUUUCCAUCUAUAAGCUCUACCCUCUCUGCCAAUGCCCUUUUCUCUCACACGUACAGUAAAUAACUCCCUCCAUAGAUGUUAUCUCAAUAUAUUUAAUAGCACAGACGGACGCUGUGUGAGACUAAUGGAUGCUGCUGGUGGUUCGAUAAAUAGUAAAUAAAUGUAUUUUAUGUAUGGACUGGAAUCCUAUUCGCCCUCUCUCGUUUGGUUGGACGUGUUUGUCAAUGACAUCUCUUUACAUCGGAAUGCCAGGGGAGGUCUAUCCUCCCCCCAACCUAGGUGAAUAAAGAUUAAAUAAAUGAGAAAAGCA